AUGACGGUGACGUGUCCUCCCGGACAAUAUGAACGUAUCAUGCGGGAGGCACGCCAAAAGAUAAACCUCGAAGAUCUUGGCAUUAAAAAUGGAGUCAAGAUCAAGAGGGCCAUCACGGGGGCCCUCAUGUACGAGGUGCCGGGGGCAAGAAGCCAGGAGCUAGCCGAUAGUCUGGCAAGGAGACUAAAGGCAGCCCUGGCAGACAAGGAGGGAGUCAGGGUGCAACGCCCCACUAAGUCAGCGGAGAUCCGAAUUAGAGGACUGGACGACUCGGUGACUCCCUCCGACGUGAGGAAUGCAGUCUCCAAUGAAGGAGGCUGCGAAGAGGAGGAAGUGUGGGAGAAAUGA